AUGGAGAGAGCUAUGCUUCGAGGAUCCAAUGGAGAGCUAUGCGGUAGUGAAAAACGAAGAGAUCGAGAAUUGAAACGAGAUUCGGAUCUCUCUCUCCCUGGGGAAGACAGUCGCGCGACUCGAGCAGCAGAGAUUGUGGUGCCUACUGAGUACCUCGUGUGA